CAUCACCACCCUGCUGCUGCUCACACUCUGCUGCUGGACUCCGACCGACCAACUCAUCCCUACUCCACCUCGUCUUUUUUUUUUUUUUUACCUCAAACACGGGCAGCAUGUGAAUGGCAGCAGAAAAGAGCAAAGUUGUCAGAGAGGAGGAGGAGGAGGAAGAGGAGGAAGAGCUCCCUGCGUCUGGGGCCGCCCACGCGUCCGUGCACGCCCGCAGUCAGAGCCACAUUCAGUUCCCGCCCCCGAUGCACACCGGCGGAGGAGGCGGCGGCCAGUGGCAAGUUCCUCGUCUCCUGGCGCACACCCGGAGUCACAGUCACACGCACUUCAACACACGCUCGCAGAAGUACACCUGCCGCCUCACACACAGCCUCUCAGCCAUGGCUCGGGCGGAGAACGGGGAAACGGGGAGCGCCACGGGGAAGCUCAUCAAGCCCACUGACCCGCUGUUCACCACCACCAAGGCCCCUCAGACAGACCUCAAUCAGAAGCUGUCGGUGUGCAAUAAGCUGUGUUUCGCCAUCGGAGGCGUGCCCAAAGAGGUGGCUGCCAGCGCCACAGCCUUCUUCCUGCAAAUCUAUCUGCUGGACGUAGCCCAGAUCAACGCCUUCCAAGCAUCCAUGGUGCUGUUCAUUGGGAAGGCCUGGGGAGCCCUGACGGACCCAUUGGUCGGCUUCUUCAUUACCAAGACCAAGUGGACCAAGAUCGGCAGACUCAUGCCUUGGAUGCUGGGCUGCACGCCGUUCCUGGUGGUCUCCUACUUCUACCUCUGGUACGUUCCUCCCUUCACCACCGGGAGGUUCGUGUGGUACCUCGGAUUCUACUGCCUCUAUCAGACACUCAUCACUUGCUACCAUGUGCCUUACUCUGCACUCACCAUGUUCCUGAGUGCAGACCAGCGAGAACGAGACUCAGCCACCGCAUACCGUAUGACCCUGGAGGUUUUGGGGACGCUGGUGGGCGCUGCCAUCCAGGGUCAGAUCGUGGCCAGCGCCCACACACUCCAGCACUGUCCCACCCACAACGUGUCGGACGGUCACCUUGGCAACAGCAGCGGGGGCGACGUGGUCAGGAGCCUGCUGGUGCGAUCUGAGGAAUACCUGUCCCACGCUAAAGAAGUCUACAUGAUCGCCGCCGGAGUCAUCGGGAGCAUCUUUCUAGUCUGCACCAUCAUCAUGUUCCUGGGAGUCAAAGAGAAGGACGAUUUGUACACCUCAAAUACAGAAAAACAGAUUCCGUUCCACCAGGGCUUUAUCAUGGUGAUGAGACACGGGCCCUACCUGAUCCUGACGGCAGCCUUCCUCUUCAUCCUGGUGGCCAUCCAGCUGGUGCAGAACAACUUUGUCCUCUUCUGCACCUACGCCGCCGACCUGAGAGAGCACUUCCACUACAUCGUGCUGACCAUCCUGGUGUCUGCAGUGAUCAGUAUCCCGCUGUGGCAGUGGUUCCUGCAGAGGUUUGGCAAGAAGACAGCAGCUUUUUGUGGCAUCACAUGGAUCAUGCCCUUCACUAUGAUGCUGGUGUUCAUCCCCAACGUGGUGGUGGCGUACAUUGUGGCCGUGUCAUCAGGACUCAGCGUGGCCGCCUCGCUCUUGCUGCCCUGGUCCAUGCUGCCGGACGUGGUGGACGACUUCCGUCUGGCCAACCCGUACUGCAAAGGUCACGAGGCCAUCUUCUACUCCUUCUACGUAUUCUUCACCAAGUUUGCAGCCGCCAUCUCCCUGGGCGUGUCCACGCUGUGCUUGGAAUUCGCUGGUUACAACACAGGCGCCUGCAAGCAGCCGGCCCCGGUGGUUUACACCCUCAAACUGCUCAUCGGUGGCGUCCCCGUGGCUUUUAUCAUCACGGGCCUAUUGAUCCUGCUCCUGUACCCCAUCACGGAGCAGGUGCGACUGAGGAAUAAACUCCACCUGGAUGAGCUGCGGAAACAAAGCAGCAGCUCCAGAAUAGGAGAUGACCUGGGUUUGAUGUGACAAAGUGGACCUAUUCCAGUGCUGCCUGCUGGGAAAUUUACUUCAUUAGUGUAUAUUACACUGACAACAUUUUUUUACUAAACAUUUUUUGUUUUAAUUCUCACAUGUACUGUAUAUCAUCCAGGCGUGAAUAAGAUAAUUUAUGCAAACGAAUGUAUAUCAGGGUUUCCUUGCUGUGUUUAGCUCAACAACAUUAUUUAUUUAUGAUGACACACUAAGAGGGGGGAGUGGGUUUUACAGCAGGCGUGUAAAGAAAGCAACAAGACAUACUGUAUAUUUUUUUGAUUUAAAGAUAGUUGUACUCUCCUGCAGCGCCUGGAAGCUACACUACAUCCAUGUGUACUGCUCUCUAGUGGUAGGAUGUGAUAUUACCCCCGAGAGUUUCCCUCCUUACUUCUGCUCAAAAAGGGACAUUGGUGCAAUUCAGAAGGUUUUUGUAUUUUUAAAACAUCAGAAUAUAGUUUGGACAUCAGGAGAUUUUGAGACAAUCGUGAACGUGAUAAACUUGGAUGGAGUAUUAGGAUGAAACUUUUUUUUUUAUCUGAUGUCCCUGCAAUAAAUUCGUCCAUCUUUAAA